AUGCAGCGCUUUUUGGUUGAGCCAGUACAGCAGUUCGCUGGAGCAAAUACUAGAAUCAAGAAACCAACUGAAAUUGCUUUCUUCUCUUACGACUCUGAACAUAAACUCAAGCCACUUGACAACGAAUCAUUGAGAUACUACUACCCACCAUUCUUCAACAUACCUGGUCAUCAACAAGAUAACAGGUUUCCUGUCGAUCUUUCCAAAGGGUACGAUUCGUUUCGACAACGAGAUGACAGUGGUGAUGAGCAUCUAGACGGUCUGCUAGACACGCUUGUCGAGGCCGAAACACGCAAUGGCAAGAAGACUGAAGUUGAUCUUGUGACGUGGAGGGGUAUGAUGACUAGGAUCUUGACAGCGCCAUAUGAGAUGGAAGAUGGGUUUGAGAUGAACGCAACAUGCUUUCAGGGCACAAUAUACAUUGAAGAGAAUCAUGCAUACAAGGCGGCAUCAAAAGAAGCACAAAAGGCUCGCUUCUCACGGAAUAGAGGUCCACCACAGGAUAUGGCCAUGUUUUGGGGCUACAAGUUUGAGACGUUAUCACUCUUGGACAAACCUUGGGGAGAGACGACAAGAGAAGCAAUCGAGGGACGAGAGAACGAAGUUGUUGACAACUAUGCUCAAUACUGCAGUAUCUGCAGGACAGAGAUCGGCGGCGCCUCGAUGGUCAUUGGUGGAGAAGUAGAUGGAGUACUCGGCUACAAGCCCGAUGAUCCACAAGCACCGGCUAGAUGGGUAGAGCUCAAGACAUCCAAACAGCCAGAGCAUGAGCGCGAUCGCUGGGUCCUCGAUAAGAAGCUCCUGAAAUUCUGGGCUCAGUCUUUUUUGCUGAAUGUGCCAAAAAUCGUCAUCGGCUUUCGCUCGCGAGAUGGCAAGUUGCUGAACAUUGAGGAAUUAAGCACGCAGCAAAUUCCAUCCAAGAUCCAACAACAAGGCACGUACAAGUGGAAUGGCAACAUUUGCAUCAACUUUACAGGCCAGUUCCUUGACUUCCUCAAACACACGAUUGUCGGCGAAGGCGUCUGGAGGAUUCGGCGAGAAGCAAAGAGUACAGCGAUCGAGGUGUUCAAGGUCGAGGAGCAGGGCACAGGCAAUAUUCUCACUCAGAACUUCAUCGACCAUCGAAACAGGCUGCUUGCGGAAGUAAUGCCACUACAAUGA